GGAUGGAUAAAGGAACAGUGUGCAGCCCCAGCUCCACUUUAACCACUGCAGCGUUAAAGAGUAAAGAGAACAAGAGAACAAGCAAGACUUUCCUUCUUGGUGUCUCCGCUUGCGGCGUUCCAUGGCUACUUUCACCAAGCCAUUCUAUGCUCUGCUCUUCCUUGCUAGACUCACAUCUGUCAUUGUGGCAGUGCUGGUGCUCAUCUGGGCGUUCAGAUUCAGGACAUCCUUCCUGCUUCCUUCUUCCUCCAAGACGGACACAGUCUACAGUGUGUUGCACCCUCUUGUAAUGGUCAUCGGCUUCAUACUUGUCAGUGGGGAAGCUAUUCUUAUACAUAAAGCUCUGCCAAGUUGGUCUAGAAAUUUCAAGAAAUCUCUGCAUCUAUUUCUGCAAGCAGUGGCUCUGGGUUUAGGAUUCUUCGGCAUCUGGAUCAAGUUCUAUAAGUACAAGGGUUUUGCCAAUUUCUACAGCCUGCAUUCUUGGAUGGGCUUGAUCUGUAUGUGCUUGUUUGUCUCCCAGUGGAUCGUUGGAUUCAUGAGUUUUUGGCACAGAGGAGAAGUGCGUGGAGUGAGGGUUUAUGUCCUGCCAUGGCAUGUCUUUGUUGGCCUCUACACAUAUGCAUUGUCCGUGGCAACAGCUGAAACUGGGCUCCUGGAGAAGCUCACAUUCUUGCAGGGCAAAGGUUUGGUGUUAAGGAACUCUCCAGAGUCCAUGGUUGUUAAUUUCUUAGGUCUUGGGCUGUCUCUGCUCGGUGCCCUUGUCAUCCUUGCUGCUGUAUGUCAAAACCCUACUAACAUCGCUCACAUUAUUGGAAAGUAACUGUUCUUUUCCGCCUUCUUCCACAGGCCAAAGAGUUGGCAGAAGAAGUAUUCCGAGAAAAAGAAAAAGAGUUCAUGCUCGCUAGCUUUCCUUUCCUCAGCAUUAUUUUCUUUUUCCUGCUGUGAUCAAUGUGCAGAUUUUGGGGAAGAGUCUGCUUCACGCUUGCGCUGUUGCAAGUAGUUGUUGUCUCGAGGCACAAGCCUACCGACACCUGAACUUCAACAUUUUUUUAUGGACCCUACCCAUGUGAGACGAUGAUGGAUAAUAGCCGAAAUUUUAUUGCAAGAAAGUGAGACGACAAACCUGUACUCCUGCGACCAGAAUGAAAAGUUUAAAAGGAAACAGGCGCAAACUGAACGUUGGGAAACUCUCUCAAUAGCUUCUCUUUUGUUCAUGAAGGGGACCGAGUUUUUACGGUGAGAUUUCUUGAACGCAAAUGUCAAGAGUAAAGCAUCUCAAAACGGUCAAUGCAGACAUUACUGGGCUUCUAGAAGUAUAUGAUCCGAUUGUUGGUGUACUGUUUCUUUGGUCUGGUUGUGCUUGUGCCCGACUUGGGCCUGGUUGAGCUCUGUCCAUGGCCGUCUCUCAAUUAUCAGGAACCAUUAAGGGAGAGCAUCUUUUAUUGUAACGAGGAUCAGCAGGCAACCUUUCCUUUUAAGGGUUGUCAGGCCAUGGGGUUUUUUUUAUUUGGACUGUGUAAACUUGGCUGGAUUCCAACAAUGGCGGCCACUUGUUAACGGUUCCUUUUGUAGGCCCA